CUCCGUCGCCGGCGCCGCGCGGGCCUGGGGCGAGCUCCCGAGCCGGCGGCGCUCAGCCCGCGCCCUGCUGGCCCCUCCUCGGCUCCCCCAGCCGCCGCCGCCGCCGCGCCGCCGCCGCCAUCUCAGGAAUGGUGCGCGCAGGAGGUGACGGCCACUCCCUGCGCCCCGGGCGCCGCGGGCAUCACUGCGGACAGGGCCCCGGCGCCGCCCGCAGCCCCCCGCGUGCUGCUCCUCGCGCGCCGCUCUCCUCCACCUCCUCCUCCAACGCCGCCGCCGCCGCCGCCGCCGCGCCCCCUCCCCUCCGCCAGAGCGCGCUGCGUGGCCGCCGCCAGUCCCGCCGAGGCAUCCCGCGCCGCCCGGGCCCGGCCGGGCUGGGGGCGCCGCCGCCGCCGCCGCCGCCGCAGGGCCGAGAGGGACGCGCCGGGAGGGAGGCAGGCAGGGCUCCCCGGGACGCAAGGUGGCGACAAGGCGCGUUGGGCCCCAGAUCCCUCCCUGGUGCCACUGCAGCCGAAUAUGCAUCCAAUCUGAAGAAAAUCUACACCGUGCAAACAGUACAGAUAUUCUGGAGUGUGUACAAUAAUAUUCCUCCUGUGACUAGCCUGCCUUUGAGAUGUAGUUACCAUUUAAUGAGAGGAGAGAGGCGACCACUUUGGGAAGAGGAGAGCAAUGCAAAGGGCGGCGUGUGGAAGAUGAAAGUCCCCAAGAACAGCACGUCCACAGUUUGGAAAGAAUUGUUGUUAGCGACUAUCGGAGAACAGUUCACAGACUGUGCUGCUGCAGAUGACGAAGUUAUAGGAGUUAGUGUCAGUGUUCGAGACCGAGAAGACAUCAUUCAAGUCUGGAACGUAAAUGCCUCUUUAGUUGGAGAAGCAACCGUUCUAGAAAAGAUCUAUGAACUUCUGCCACAAAUAGCUUUUAAGGCAGUAUUUUAUAAACUCUUCCAGGAGCUUUUGCUGACAAUUCCAGUUUCCGAACUAAACACUUGGGCAAUGGUAAGGGCUUCGAUCCUGUCUCUAAUUUGCUGACGACCAUGAAUGGGUGGAUGUGAUGCCCGUUGUCUGAAAGGUAGGGUGGGUCUCUGGGGAAGCGGAGCUCCAGGACACAUUGGUGGGGUCUUCAGUCCAGGGAAGCCUGGCCGGCAUCCUGAUGACAUCUGGAACCUGGUGACUGAAAAGAGAGUUAACAUACGAAGCCAAACAAAUUGUUGAGCAAGUAGCAGAGUUUUAAUUACUGUAUUGUUCAUCAGGUUAAAUUGUAUUUAAUUGGCUUUGUGUUUUGUCUUUUUUGCUUCCAUGAAAGGAUUAUUGGGGGUAUUUUUUUUUGGUAAAAAAAAAAAGCCCAUUUAAAUGAAGCACUAUCAUUUAAAACACAUAUAAAAAUUCUUUAACAUGUCUUUGAUUCUGGAUCUCUUUAUCUUCCUUCAUAAGCUUUCUGAGAAGAAGUAGUGCAUGUUGAGGUUUAUCUUUGCUUUUAUGUGCUCUAGCCACAUGCUUAACAUUGAGCACAUUUGAGUUGCAUUUCAUUGGGCUUUCACAAUCCUUUUAUAAAGGGACUGAUCUGUUAACAUCACCCUCUUUAGAUCUAGCAGACAGGAUGUUCUUCCAUACAAAGAAGUGCUUCCAGUCUUUCUGGCCGACCAGUAAGUGAAUGAUUUCAGGCCUGGUGGGCAGUGCUUGUGUCCAUGCGUAACACAGCCCGACCACAGUAGUAGGCAGCUGCAUGUAAUUUUGAACUCCACUCAUUGAACUGUAAUAAAACAAUAUAAGCACUGCUUGGGGGGAAGAUUGGAUGCAGUUAUCCUUACACAAGGCUGGGGCAUAUGAAAGCAGUGCUGGCUGACAAGAGGAUUUUGAGAUUUGAUUUUGAUUGAAUUGCAGAAUUGAACAGGCCAGGAAUGUCAGUGGAAGGCUAAACGCCUGUAGUGCCAUAAAGUUUUAUUCAUGUGAGGCUUUCCAAUAUCAAGUAGAUGGAUUAUUGGAAAAGGUGUCAAGGGACAUGAAAUGGAAGUGCCCAAAACAUAAAAUGUAGGCAGGGGGAGAAAUUACUUCUUGCUUAGUAUAUAAUUAGGUGGGUCUCAAAAAGAGAGAGAGAGAGAGAGAGAGAGAGAGAGAGAGAAAGUGGUUCAUAAGUUCAUAAAAUUGUUUUGUCUUUUUCCUUUUGAAAGAAACAAAAUGACCAACCAACCCAUCAUGUGGAGUAUUUUCUAGAAGGAGAGGGGGAAAAAUUAGGUUUGGUAGUACUUAGAUUGAAGCUCUCUGAUGCCAUUCUUUAAUCCUGUCUAAAACUAACCUGGCCUGAUGGGAUUUCUUAAAAAGAAAAAGAGAGUGAACCAAUAAUAUCACCAUAAACUGGACAGCAGGAACUAUUCUGCUCAGAAACAAGAGAAAGGUGCAUGUUCCCAUGUCAUAACACACUGACUUAUUUCCUAGCUCAGCAGUGCACAGGGUAUUAUACAUGCAUUUGCAUUAGGUUGCUGGUAUCCAAGCCCGGAUGGUAUUAGAGAGGGACAGUCAGUGACAGUGAGCUAGUAGUUCUGCAGUCAAAUUAGACAGGCAGUUGAGCUGGGGAGGACCAAGCUUAUUGCAUUUUCUGUCCAGGUUCAUUGUCCACCUGCAUUGUUUCUGCUCAGAACAUUCAUGAAGUACUUUGAAAAAUUGCCAGCAUGCAGCUAAAGAAACAACUAUAGUGGUUUUUUUGUUUGUUUGUUUGUUUUCCAGUUUUGAAUCUAUUAGCUUAGCAUUCCUAACCAAGAUGAUUUCAGUUAAAUAAUCAAAAAUAAGAAUAUGUACACUUGAUGCCAAGAUGCAGGUGUGUUUUUUCUUUGUCUUCCACCCACCCCAUUCAAAUGUGUUAUGUAUUUAGAAACAUGUUUAUUUGUAAGUGAAGCUUUGUGAGGUUAAAAUAAAAAAAAAAGCAAAUU